GCGACUGUUGCUUUCCCCCGAGUACAGGUCACAAGACAGAGCCACUGUUCGAGCCAGGCCAGCAACAAGCACACCAUGAGCGCAACGGGCGACAAGUCGGGCUCCGCCGCCCUCGAGGUGGAGGGGACGCACACGCACCACGACAUCUACGACGCCGGCGACGAGAAGGCCAAGGUCGCCGACUACAAGAACGACGCCAUUGACGCCGAGAAUGUCGAGCUCAAGAUGGGCGUGAUUGAGGCCGUCAAGGCGUACCCCAUGGCGGCUCUCUGGGCUUUCAUCAUGUCCUGCACAAUUAUCAUGGAAUCGUACUGCGUCUUCCUCAUCGGCAACUUCAUCGCCGUGCCUCACUUUGCGCUUCAGUACGGCGUCAUCGACCCCAAGACUGGCAACCAUGAAAUCGAGCCAGCAUGGCAGUCCGCUCUCCAGUGUGCUGGACCGAUCGGGGCUUUAAUUGGAGUAGUCCUCGCCGGUCCCCUGACCAGCUGGAUCGGCUACCGCUGGGCCACGAUCUCGGGACUGAUGGCAUUGAACGGCUUCAUCUUCAUCUUCUACUUUGCUCACUCUCUCCCCAUCAUGUUCCUCGCCCAGAUCAUGGAGGGAAUUCCCUGGGGAGUCUUCAUUGCCAACGCCCCGGCCUACUGCUCGGAAAUCGUGCCUAUCGCCCUCCGUGCCGCUGCCACGCAGCAGCUCCAAAUGUUCUGGGCUAUAGGUGCCAUUAUAGUAGGUGCUGUGACGUACGUUUACAACGAAGUACCAGACGAGUCGAGUUACAGAAUUCCCACCGCGCUUCAGUGGAUGUUCCCGACGCCCCUUGCCAUCCUCAUCUACAUUGCUCCCGAGUCUCCCUGGUGGCUUGUCCGCAAGGGCCGUCUGGAGGAGGCCAAGAAGUCGGUCCGCCGCCUGGGACGCGCCAACGCGGUGCAGCAGCUCGAUGAGUCGGUUGCCAUGAUGCGCCGCACGAUCGACCUCGAGAAGAGCGAGAAGGAGCCCAGCUUGCUCGAGUUGUGGAAAGGCACUGACCGCUACCGGACCCUGAUUGUGUGCGGUGUCUACGCUGCUCAGAACUUGACCGGCAACCUGAUUGCCAACCAGGCCGUGUACUUUUUCAAGCAGGCUGGCAUGCCCACCAACACGGCUUUCGCUCUUGGUCUCAUCACUUCUGCCCUCCAGACCAUCUUCGUCAUGCUCUCAUGGGUCUUGACAUCGUACCUCGGUCGCCGUACCAUCUACGUCUGGGGUUCGGCCAUCAACUGUGUGUUCCUCAUCGCCGUCGGCCUGGCUGGCUCCUUUGGUGUCUCGUAUGCCGCCUCGCAAGCUGCUGCCGCUCUCGGUCUCAUCGUCUCCGUCCUCUUCACCUUUGGCCCUGCUCCCGCUUCGUGGGUCAUCAUUGGCGAGACAUCCUCUAUCCGUCUCCGUCCUCUGACUACUGGUAUUGGCCGUGGUUGCUACUACCUUGUCAACAUUCCCUGCAUCUUCCUCUCCAGCUACAUGCUUAACCCCACGGGUGCGAACCUCGGCGCCAAGUGCGGUUACGUCUGGGCCGGCACUGCCUUCGUCUGCUUCGCCAUGGCGUGGCAGUGGGUUCCCGAGAUGAAGGGCCGCUCGUACCGCGAGAUCGACAUCCUCUUCAACCGCAAGGUCCCUGCCCGCCAGUGGAAGAAGACCGUCGUCGACAUCAACGACGACCACUGAUCGACUCGCAUCCCACUUUUGUCCACGCCACGCCGCCUCCGGAAGCGGUCCGCUCUGCGUUGCGGGCCGUCGGUCCUGCUGGGGUAACAACGUGCCUCCGCAUGCGAGUUGGGGGGAGGCAUGGGCUCUGCUGAAGGCAGUACUGCCGGGAGGUGCCGUCGUGCGAUUCAUGACAAUCGUCCCCAUUUUUGGGGACCGCGUCACAAAUAGUCUGAAUUAGUGUAGUGAAUCCAUCCAAGAUGAAUUAUC